GGCAAGGCGCGGGCCAAGGCCAAGUCCCGCUCUCCCAGGGCCGGGCUGCAGUUCCCGGUGGGCCGCGUGCACCGCCUGCUGCGCAAGGGCAACUACGCCGAGCGGGGCGGGGCCGGCGCGCCGGUCUACCUGGCGGCCGUGCUGGAGUACCUGACGGCCGAGAUCCUGGAGCUGGCGGGCAACGCGGCGCGCGACAACAAGAAGACGCGCAUCAUCCCGCGCCACCUGCAGCUGGCCAUCCGCAACGACGAGGAGCUCAACAAGCUGCUGGGCAAGGUGACGAUCGCGCAGGGCGGCGUCCUGCCCAACAUCCAGGCCGUGCUGCUGCCCAAGAAGACUGAGAGCCACCACAAGGCCAAAUAAGGAGCGAGAUUAAAAAUUCCGGUUAACAAAGGCUCUUUUCAGAGCCACCUAAACUGUCUUGAAAAAGCUGGCACGUGUCGCUGUUUGCAGAGUUCCAGUGUUCUUUUAGAGCAUUUCUUGGAAUGGAGCGGCAGCUCCAGAAGCGGUUUUCAGACGUAAAGACUGGAAGGCCCCGAGGUGUGGUGGGCUGGCGUGCAGGGCAGCGGUUUGCUCAGCGGGACUAAGGGAUGAGGCCAAGCGUAAAACUCGAGCCCAGUCCUGGUCUGCAGCUGUCACUGGAUCUCGCAGGUCACCCUUUGAAAGCGGUUUAAGUAAAACGUAUGGAGUCCAGGAAUGAAUGGCUCGAGUCCACUAUCACCAGCGAGGAUAUGCUUUUUCAGUGACGGUUUUCCUUUUCCUUGGGCUUUCAGUACAAAGGCAGCAACUAGGGUUUUCCUGCAGAUGCAGGACUCUGGAUUCAAUAUUGAUAAACCCUUGGGUUUGUUUCCUUGGGACACAUGCAUUUGCACCCCAGGGAGAGUGAGCUGUUGUGGGGAC